CGUCGUCAAUGGGUCGUUGCUGGGCGGAGGCGAGAUGGACAUGGGGGACGGCAUCGGACCGGUGCUGCCCCCUUUCGAACUGUGGCAGACGGUUCUGAUAGCGAUAUGUCUGGCGAUUUGCAUAAUACUCACCAUAGGUGGCAACAUUCUGGUGCUGUUGGCGUUCAUCGUGGAACGAAGUAUCCGGCAGCCAAGUAACUACUUCAUCGCUUCACUCGCAGCCACCGAUAUGCUGAUAGGAACCGUUUCGAUGCCAUUCUACACGGUGUACGUUCUCAUGGGCUACUGGGAUCUGGGCCCGCUGCUGUGCGAUUUGUGGCUGUCGGUGGAUUACACCGUCUGUUUGGUGUCGCAGUACACGGCUUUGAUAACGAUUGAUCGGUUUUGCUCGGUGAAGAUUGCGGCCAAGUAUCGAAGUUGGCGGACGAAGAACAAGGUCAUCUGGAUGGUGACGAUAACGUGGAUCAUUCCAGCUCUGCUGUUUUUCAUCUCGAUUUUCGGAUGGGAACACUUUGUCGGAUACCGGGAUCUGGCUCCCGGCGAAUGUACGGUGCAGUUUCUGAAGGAUCCUGUUUUCAAUACGGCUUUGAUUAUUGGAUACUACUGGACGACGUUGGUGGUGCUGUUUGUCUUGUAUGGCGGGAUUUACAAAACGGCAUACGACAUGCAGAAGAAAAGCGAAGCCAAGCAGCGGAAGAUGCAAUCAAUGGUUGCUUUGGGGAAUGCGAUGACUGGGUUGACAGGUCAAGCAGCGGGUAGAAUAUCUAAAACGCAAAGUACUUUACUAAGUCAGGAUAAACCAUUGCCACUGCCGACCACUCCAGCCUCGAAUAUGAUGCAUCCUACGACUUUGGCGUUGGCUUCAAACCAAAUGCAGAAAGAGGAGGCAGGUUCGAGCAGGAAAAGCUCAAUGCCAAGCCGAAAGACGAGAAAAGUGGACGAACAGAGGAAGAGUAAGGAGGAGAAAGAAGGUGACAAGAGCGAGCGAUCCAGUAGUCCUGCGUUCGAUUCGGAUGACGAAAGCUCAGCGAAUACUAAACAGCAGCAAGAGGAAGCGCGAGUUGCUAAGAAGCGAACUUCUUUGGCCGGAUUGCUGGUGGGAGCUUCAGCGACUGUUCUGUCGAAUCGGUACAACAAUGGGGCAGUGAAAACAACGACAACUCCUACCAGUGAACAAGCCAAGCCAAAGCGAUCUCCAAGCAAUCCAGCAAAGAACGAAGGACUGCCCAAAAUAACCGAAUCAAGCAUAAUGGACUCUGACAAUACCGAUGGGAAACCUCAGGUCUCCCCACUGAAGCCGACUCCAGUGCAGUCGCCCAUUUCGCCGGUGGACAUCGAACCGGUGGUGGUUUCCAAAUCAGAGCGAGCUCCGGAGAUUUCCCACACAAUCCUGACACCACCUUAUGGUUUUCAAGGAAGCCCACGAACUUCCGAAAGUCCACCGUCCAAGUCAGACAGGCCUCAUAGUAUAAUAAGCCAAGGAGACUCGACCGUCACGUACGACGCCAUGGUCAGCAUGGAUGGUGCCGAUCUCCGAUUUAUGGACGAAAGUUCUGUUGUGGUUCCCUCUCCGCAGUACGAGAGCCCUCCAUCAGCAUUCGCCAUCGUACAACCUCGCUCACCAGCACACUCCGCAGCACAAAGCAUAGCGAACCCCUCGCUUCUCCAGAAAGCGCUCAUCCGAGCAACGGCGCAGUCUCAGCAACCGCCACCAACCGUUCUGUUGCGCACAAUCGACGUAGGUCCUCUCUCCCCAACGAGUCAACAGAACUCGAUACAGCCCAUCAACAAGUUUAGUACAACAGUCACAGUAGUCUCUCAGAACCCGGACAAACCGGUCACCGUGCUGAACAACUCCUACACGAACCACUCAACUGUAGAUCAAGCCUUACCGCAACCCUCGCAGAUGGACAGCCCGAGCCUUAAUUCGAGACUGCAAUCGAACAAUUCUACGCCGGUUUCAAGCACACCUUCAAAUCCAAAACCUUCAAUGUCCUUGGCAGUGGUUGACCAAUCCACGGCAGCCACGUCGACAACGACCAGCAGCAGUACGGCAGCUCCAGCGGUGACUUCGCCACCACCUCAAACCAACGCUCUACCCAGCACCACAACCGUGCAAACGCAAGUUUCUUCCUCCACCACAAACAACACUCCCAGCGGAGCAACGAUCACCAUUAAUCCCUGCCUGGAACGGCAGACCUCCAGCAAGCGGGACUUUAUCCGCUCGAUUGGAAAAAGACUGAAAGGCAACAAAAAGUCCGGAACGCUCGGAGUCGGCCGGCAAAAGUCCAAAUCGGAGAACCGAGCCCGCAAAGCGUUCCGGACGAUAUCGUUCAUACUGGGAGCGUUCGUAGCCUGCUGGACUCCGUACCACGUGCUGGCACUGGUCGUCGGAUUCUGCCGGAACCCACCCUGCAUCAACGAGCACCUGUUCAUGUUUUCGUACUUUCUGUGCUACGCCAACAGCCCGAUGAACCCCUUCUGCUACGCGCUUGCCAACCAGCAGUUCAAGAAGACUUUCAUGCGGAUUUUGAGGGGUGAUCUGCACAUGACUUAAGAAGGAGAAGGAUGAGAACAA